AUGCAAAUUUCCGGCUUGUUUCCCGACUUAUCGGUGGUUCUUUCGUCGGCCGGUGACUAUAGGUCACGGGAAUUCAAGCAUUUCCACUCACCCUCCGACCCCAAGCGCCUUAAUAGGAUCCCCAGAAGCUGUCAAUUUUGUGCUCCCAAGCUAGGUGUUGGGUCAGAUAAGUUAAGGAGGAGAAGCUUUACUGUAAGAGCAUCUGGGAAUUCUGGGGGUGAUUUAGUUCCAAUAGCUCCUCUUCAGUUGGAAUCCCCAGUUGGGCAGCUUUUGGCCCAAAUAUUGCAAACUCAUCCACAUCUGCUCCCAACAACAAUUGACCAGCAGCUUGAGACCCUCCAGAGUGAAAGAGAUGCCCAAAGAGAGAAAACACCUCCUGGAUCUCAAGAUCUUCUCCUCUAUAAGAGGAUAGCUGAAGUGAAAGAAAAAGAAAGGCGAAAGAUAUUGGAGGAGAUCAUAUAUUGCUUGAUUGUACAAAGAUUUGUAGACAAUGGCAUUUCGAUGAUCCCAAAGAUAUCUUCAACAUCUGAUCCUGCUGGAAGGGUGGAUUUUUGGCCACAUCAAGAACAUAAGCUGGAGUCCGUGCACUCUCCCGAGGCAUUUGAGAUGAUUCUUAGCCACCUGUCUCUUGUCCUCGGUGAGCGUACGGUGGGACCCCUUGAUACUAUUGUUCAGAUUAGCAAAAUUAAACUGGGAAAGCUUUAUGCUGCUUCUAUUAUGUAUGGAUAUUUCCUCAGAAGAGUCGAUGAAAGGUAUCAACUUGAGAGAUCAAUGAAUACCCUUCCAGAAGGUUUCAAUGAAGACUUGGCACGAUUUGAAGAGCCCGUACCAGAAAAGCAGCAAUGGGAUCCAAAUUCUUUGAUACGGAUCUAUCCUGAUGAUGGUGAUGGAGGAGGUCUAACAGAUUCCACCAAUGAGGGUAAAUCAUACCGACUGAGAUCCUAUGUAAUGUAUUUGGAUGCAGAAACGCUUCAAAGAUACGCGACCAUAAGAUCUAAAGAAGCAAUAUCUUUGAUUGAAAAGCAAACGCAGGCAUUGUUCGGCAGGCCUGAUAUUAGGGUCACAGGAGAUGGCUCCCUCGAUACGUCAAAUGAUGAAGUAGUUUCUGUUACUUUCGCUGGAUUGACCAUGCUGGUACUGGAAGCAGUUGCAUUUGGUUCAUUUUUAUGGGAUGCUGAAAGCUAUGUUGAGUCCAAGUACCAUUUUAUUAACAGCUAG